UUCGAUGAUAAAAUCAUUUGGCUAGAUUGGUUACGAGCGCGGUCGUCUCCAACCCUCCAGCCAGGUUGACCACGGCAGCAAAUAAGCACCGGACGAGGCGGCGAUCAGCUUCCUUUCCUCCGGCGAUGGCGACGCAGGAUCCCAAAGAUGCUGCUCCCACGGAGGAGGAGGGCCCCGCCGCGGCCGACCCGGCUGCGCCAGCCGCGAGGUUGAAGGUGCUCUACUUCGCCCGCGCGCGGGACCUGACGGGCGUGGCGGAGUCGUCGGUGGAGGUGCCGGCGGGGGGCACCGCGGGGGAGUGCCUCGCCCGGGUGCUGGCGCAGUUCCCCAAGCUGGAGGAGAUCCGCGGCUCCAUGGUGCUCGCGCUCAACGAGGAGUACGCGCCCGACUCCGCCAAGGUUGCCGACGGCGACGAGCUCGCCGUCAUACCGCCCAUCAGCGGCGGCUGAUGUUACCAAGAACGAGUUGGAGAUGGGGAAAAAGAAACAGAAAUAAAAGAAAAAUAAAGGUUCAUUGUGCCUACAUUCUUGCUCUUGUUUUCCCAUAAGAUGUGCAUGCUGGAUAAGCAAUCUCCUGUUCUUGUUCUUGACACACAUUUUUGUUCUCAAAAUCACGUUGGUAGAUGAUACUUUGAUCUGAAAGAGUGACCGAAA